CGUCUCUGUGGCUUUGCCGCACUGUCCCUGGCGCUGUGCUUUGCAGCGGUCGUGGGAGUCAUAGGAGGGACUCAGGGAAACCUAGAAAUGGAUUCAGUGACCUUUGAGGAUGUGAGUGUGAAGUUCACCACAGAGGAGUGGGCUCUGCUGGAUCUAUCCCAGAAGAAACUCUACAGAGAUGUGAUGCAGGAAACCUUUAAGAACUUGACCUCAAUAGGAGAAAAAUGGGAAGACCCUGAAACUGAAGAUCAGUAUGAAAAUCCUGGGACAAAUCUAAGGCACAUGACAUCUCGCACUACACCCAAACCACGUGAGUAUCAGGAAUAUGAGGAGAAGCCAUAUAAAUGCAAGGAAUGUGGGAAAGCCUUCAAGCAUCGUCAAUCCAGACAUACCCAUGAGAAGAUUCACACUGGGGAGAAACCCUAUGAUUGUAAAAAAUGUGGGAAGGCCUUCAAGCUUCGCCAGUCUAUUCGAAGGCAUGAAAGGAUUCACACUGGAGAGAAACCCUAUGAGUGUAAAAGAUGUGGAAAAGCCUUCAGAUAUCACCACAACUUUCAAAAACAUGAACGAACUCAUACUGGAGAGAAACCCUAUAGAUGUAAGCACUGUGGUAAAGCCCUCAGUUCUCUCAGAUACUGUCGAAUUCAUGAAAUAACUCACACUGGAGAGAAACCUUAUAAAUGUAAGCAAUGUGGUAAAGCUUUCAAUUGUCCCAGUUACUUUAUAAAACAUGAGAGAACUCAUAGUGGAUUAAAACCAUAUGAAUGCAAGCAGUGUGGUAAAGCCUUCAGUUGUGCCAGUUACAUUCGAAGACAUGAAAGGACACAUACUGGAGAAAAGCCCUAUGAAUGUAAAAAAUGUGGUAAAACAUUUAGUUGUUCAAGUUCCUUUCGAAAACAUGAGAGAACUCAUACUGGAGAGAAACCCUAUGAGUGUAAGCAAUGUGGUAAAGCCUUCAGUUAUUCCAGAUCUUUUCGAAGUCAUGAAAGGAGACACAGUGGAGAAAAGCCCUAUAAGUGUAAAAAUUGUGGUAAAGCUUUCAGUUGUCCAAAUUCCUGUAGAAAACAUGAGAGGACUCAUUCUGGACAGAAACCCUAUGUAUGUAAGGAAUGUGGGAAAGCCUUCAGUUCUCUUGCCAAAUUUCAAAGACACAUGAUGAAGCAUACUGGAGAUGGACCUUAUAAAUGUAAAGACUGUGGGAAAGUCUUUGAUUGUCCUAAUUACUUUCGUUGUCAUGAAAGGACUCACAGUGGAGAAAAGCCAUAUAAGUGUAAGGAAUGUGGUAAGGCCUUCAGUUUUCUAUGUUGUCGUCAAAUACAUGAAAAAAGUCAUACUGGGGAGAGGCCCUAUGAAUGUAAGCAAUGUGGUAAAGCCUUCACUUAUCUCAGUUCCAUUCGAAAACACGAAAGAACUCAUACUGGAGAGAAACCCUAUGAAUGUAAGGAAUGUGGAAAGUCCUUUAUUUAUCCCUCAAAUGUUCAAAGACACAUGAUAACGCAUACUGGUGAUGGACCUUGCAAAUGUAAGGAUUGUGGGAAAGCCUUUGAUUGUCCCAGUUCUUUACAAGCACAUAAAAACACUCACACUGGAGAGAAACCCUAUCAAUGUAAAACUUGUAGUAAAGCCCUCAGUUGUCCCAGUUCUUUUCAAAACCAUGAAAAAACUCAUAAUGGAGAGUAGCACUAUGAAUGUAAGGAAUGUGUGAAAGCCUUUAUUUGUCCCAGUUCAUUCCAAAUACAUAAAAGAGCUCACACUGGAGAGAAACCCUAUUUUUGCAAACAGUAUGGUAAAGCUUUCAGCACUCUCUGUUAUAUUCAGAUACAUGAAAGAACUCAUACUAGACAGAAACUGAAUGUGAGGAAUGUGGGAAAGCCUUCAUAUAUCACAUGUUUCCAAGGACACAUGAGAGUGCACACUGGAGAGAAACAGUAUAUAUAUAAGGAAUGUGGGCAAGCCUUCAGUCCCAUUUCCUUGGAAAGCCACAAAAGAACUUGCACUGGAGAGAAUUGUAUUGAAUGUAAACUAUGUAGGAAAACCUUCACUUGCCCCACAUCCUUACAAAACCAUGUGAAAAUGUACAUGCGAUAGAAACCUUGUAACUGAAAAAUAUGGGAAACUUUUCAAUUUUAACAAAUAUUUUCAAAGUCUUAUGAAAAUUGC